AUGGAUUUCAAUCAAAAAUUAAAGAAAAAGAUCGACAGUUCUUUACCAGAUCAACAAGGUGCAGGCAACAACCAAACAUCAGCUGACAACGUUUUUAAUUUUGACGAACAAGAUUCGCCGCAACCACCCACUGGAGGACAAUCUUUAGGAAGUGAAAAUAAAAUUCCACGACUUUCUGUGCAAAUAGUGCAGAAGAUCAAUAACCAACAACAAGAACAUUCCCAAACAAUUCAAACUAACGUAACAGUUAGCUCGACUCUAAAACAUUACUCUGAGGACUCACCUCAACCAGGCAAUAAUACUACCAAUACCAGUAUCCAUACCAGUGUUGAGUGUAAACAGGAACCUGUUGAGGAACCUCAGUGUCGUCUGUACCAGCAAAAUCAAAACAAUCAACAGCCUCAGCAACAGACAAGUCAAGCUCCAGGAUCUAAUAAAAGUGCUAGUUCAGAUAUUGGAUUUGACGACCAUAAUCUUGACGAACUCUCAGAUAUCUUGAAUAAUUUGGAUAAAGUUGGUGGGGAACUUCCUCCUGAUAUUCUGAAGGAACUUGAUAAAUUCCACGAGAUUUGUGUUAAAGUCCAACAACAUUCUGAAGGAAAUGACUCUAGGAAUAUGUAUAGUCCUUUAAGUAGUACCUCUCCUGGACUCGGUAAGGGAUCAUUCCCAGACAACAUGCCUCCCCGUGGACCUAUUAAUCCUGUGUUCGAAGGAAAUCAAAAUGUGAACAAUGUGUCAAAUCCUUUAACAACAAUUCAUGGACCUCAAUCGGCUCCUAUAGCUGAUUCUGCUGGACCAGCAGCCUCAACUCUAAAACAAAUGGCUGCCCAGCAUCAGCAAAAUACUCCUUAUGGAAUGAAAGCUUCAGCAAUUGAUCCAUUUGCUGAUCCUUUAAGUGAAAAUUUUUCUAGGAGACAAGAAUACCCAGCAUAUUCCCAACAUCAAAAUUUUGGUAAUAUGCCACAAGGACAAAAUUCAUUCCCUUACAAUCAGAAUCAGUCAUUUCAGCAUAUGCAGACUAAACCAGACAUUGCAGCUAUGAAUUAUGGAGGCACCAAACCGCUCACUCAUUUUUCAGAUCAUAAUAAUCAAGGUUCACAACCACCAUUGCAACAACUUCAAAAUCAAGUGCGAAGUCAGUUUAAUCAGUCCCCUAAUCCUCAAAUGCAGAUCACUCAAACACAACAGAUGCAAGUUUCCCAUGGUCAACAGAGGUUGCAUCUGUCACAGACCCAGCAACUGCAGAUGCAACAAGCACCACAACAAAUUUCAAUGAGUCAGCAACAAUCCUUUUCCAUGCAAGGUCACAUGAAUCAACCCAAUAUGAUGAAUGAUCAAAUGAAUAUGCAGAUGAUGGAAAAGAUGAGACAAGAUCAAACUAGACAGCAACAACAACAGCAACAACAAAGACAACAGCAGAUGCAGCAAGAAAGGCAGCAACAAAUGAGACAGAGACAAGGUCAAAUGAUGGAUCCCCAACAACAAAGUCAAAUGCCCUCACAGUAUAUGAAUAGGCCACCUCCAGAGUAUAAGAUGCAACCAGGUGCUCAAUCAGCAACUUUUAACCAAAAUGGAGGCUCACUCAAUCCCCUUCAAACCAUGCAAAAUAUGGUGGAUCAAACAGGUGGCUAUGGUAUAGUUAAAAGUGAAGUCCCCACACCACAGCCACAAAAUGGAGCAAGCAUAAUGCAGAUGUCAGCCAUGCAACAAUCAAUGUCAGCUGCAGUGUCUGGCAAUACUCAAACAGCACAAGCUACGAGAGCUGGAUAUAUGGUCCAACAUAUACAGAGACCUCCAUCUUAUCCAGGUCAAGGUCAACCACCAACCCGACCCCAACAACAACCUCCAUCUACUUACACUAGUGCAAUUCUUAGAAACCAACGACCACCUAAUGUGAAUGUGGGUCCAGACGGAUUAAAUAUAUCACAACCUCGUAAUCAAGGUCAUGAAUGGCCUCGUCCGAUGAUGCCAGGAGGACAAAGACCUCCCAUGCAAACACAAACAUCUAUGACACAACAAUCGGCGGCCAUGAUGCAACAAUAUAAUCAGUAUCCUACUUCUACUCAAAGUAUGGCACCAGGAGUUAUGCAUAUGCAAAGACCUGAAAUGAAUGCAAUGCAGAACCAAAAUGCUUUGAUGCCAAAUGGUUCUGCGACAGUGAUGAUGCAACAACAGAGUAUGCAAAUGACACAGCAUGGUGUGAUGAGACCUCACCAACCAGGCUCUUAUAAUAUGGCAAAUUCCUCACAAAUGCCCAAUGCAAACUCGGCUCAAGGUGGUUAUCCAUCCUCUAGCACACAAGACGAUUUUAUGAAUUUCUUAGACAAUGCUCAAAACAGUAACUCGGACAUCUUUGAUAGUUUGGGACAUAACUCAGGAACAACAGACUUCAAUUUACUGGAUGAAAUCUUGGUGUAUAACCUAUCAGAAGUGCUACCUAAUAUUUGUGGAGCAAAAGAAAAGGGACCAUUUAUUAUAUUUAUGGAAGAUUUAUAA